GCCCGUCUUUCUACCGUCUACACGGCGGCCACGUGAUCUCUAAACCACGCCCUUCAGUUUGCUCGUUGACGUCACUCCAUUUCACUCCCAACGUGCCCCGCUGCAGCCAUCAUCUUGAAGUUCAUAGCAAGAUGGCGGAUAAACCAGUGGCCCUGGCCCAGAAGAGGCUUAUGGACGUCAAGCUCGGAGAACUGCCAUCAUGGUUUGGAACAAGAGACUUCACCCCAAACGGACUUAUUGGUAGUGUUCGAGGAGGAUAUGAGAGAUAUUACAACAAAUACAUCAAUGUGAGGAAAGGUGGCAUUGGUGGAGUUGCCAUGUUCCUUGCUGGUUACAUUGCUCUGAGCUACCUCUGGGAAUACGAUCACAUCAAGCACGACAGGUGGAGGAAGUACCACUGAAACCCACUGGACCACCAGGGCAAUCAAAUAUUUUGUCUGCAGCAGUGUGAUCAUCACACUCCAGCUUUCUCUGUUUGUGACCAAGAAUAAAAUAACUUUUAUUUAA